AUGCUCAAUCCACUGUAUAUGAAGCAUCGGGCGUCGACGCCUGGUCCGCCGAUCUCGCAUCAGCCAUCGACCUCAUCGUUCAUGCGCGUCCAUCAUCGGCCCUCCUCGCCGGGCAUCUCGAUGGGACCUCCGUCGUCGCCGCCAUCAUUAUACAAUCUACAACAAAUCGCUUCAGCGUCCGCGUUUAAUCCGCCAGAAGUUGAAGAAUUAAGUGCCGAACGAUUGAAUCUCUAUCUCGACAAGAAUGAGGGCGAAAUCGAGAAUCUUGACGAGGAGAACGAUGAGCCGGUCGCCAAGAAAUCGAGAUGGAAGAGGAAUUUUCGAAUAGCUCUACCCCACAUCGGUUUAGUCCUACUGUCGAUGGUGUACACCUUACUAGGCGCUGCAAUAUUUCACCAUUAUGAGAAGCCGUUCGAAGAGCAACUGCGCAACGAGACUUCGCAACGAGUCAAUGAUCUUAAAAAUCGGGUAAUGCGACAAUUAUGGGCAAUGGGAACGAAUGGAACGUCAUAUGCGCGUUGGCAUCAUAUUGCGAAUGAUGGAAUGGAUGAUUUGAUACGUGAUGUGUUUUUGGAUUACACUCGCAACUACAUGACACCGGAAGAUGUGAUCACUGGCACUGGUCCAGUCAAAUGGUCGUUCGGCUCGAGCAUCUUCUUCUCAUGGACAGCCAUCACAACCAUCGGCUACGGUCACAUUGUUCCACGAACGAACGCAGGCCGAAUCGCCAUCAUUUUUUACGCUCUAUUCGGAAUUCCGUUGAUUCUCGUCACAAUUGCCGACAUGGGCCGAUUCCUUUCGGGCGGCAUCAUUUGGUUUCACAAUCUCUAUCGAAACGCCAUGGACUCGUGCUGUUCGCAUUGCUGGAAAUGCUUCAAAUGGAUGUGUUGUCGGGUCAUACUUCGGCGGCGAACUAAUAUUCAAAUGCCUACAAUUGAGUUGCUACAAAGACAACAAAAACUUUACAAUCAUAACAAUAACAAUGGCGGCGGAGGAGUCGCAGCAACAAUGGCGAGUGCUGGAGGAGCUGGUACAGCUCGAAAAAAGAAGUCAGCCAGGGACAAUAUCAGCGAGGCAGGAACUUUUGAUGAUAUCAGCGAUAUUCAAAACAGCGAACUCGGCGAGAAUGAUGGCGAAAACGAUCGACCCGAGGUCGAUAUUGUCGAACCUCCGCAUCACGAAAGGCGAGUUUCCGUUGUGUUCAUCUUAUUCAUUAUGCUAGGCUACGUUGCGGGUGGCGCUUAUUUGAUCCGCUAUUGGGAACAGUGGACAUUCUUCGACGCAUUUUAUUUUUGUUUUGUUACGGUUACCACAAUCGGGUUUGGUGAUAUUGUUCCAUUGAAUGUCGAAUUUUUCCCAGCAACUCUUGCCUACGUAGUCCUCGGUCUCAUCAUCACAACCAUGUGUAUUGAUCUCGUCGGUAGUGAGUAUAUUCGUGAUAUUCACUUUUACGGCAGAAGUCUCGGUCGCUCAUUCAUGACCAUCGGCGGAAAAGUGGUGCACCUCGGCGAAGUUUUUGGCUACGUUGCAUUCCUUCAAAAGAACUACGGUCUUACUCCUGAACAACUCAAUAAGCUCGCCCAGCUCCCAGAGGAAUAUCUCCUGGAUUGUUUAAUAAACGGAAGACAGCCAGAUCUAAAUUGGAUCGGUGGACGGCCUUACGUUCCACCAGACAUCUACUAUUUCAAAUGGAUUGAACAUCCUAGGACUCUUUCGUUUGCAUCUGAUCGCGUGUUACAAAGUAUGGAGAGUUUGGACUUGAACACUAGCAGGUGCUCAACUGCUCGAACUCUCACACCGCGAGAAUACUAUCAAAAGAUUCUGUUCCAAUAUUGCAAACAACUGCAGCCCGAAGAGCCGAUUGGCGAUAUCGAUAACUGA